AAUAUAGUUAGCACUAAUAGUAUUGGAUUGAAUCAAGUGAUGGUUAUAUACCUAAUCUAAGAGUGGGCAUGUUUAAAUUUUUUUAUCUUAAAGUCCUCACUUAUCAAAAUAUUUUUUAAAUUACAAAACAUAAAAGCGCACCUACAGUUAUUUUCACGUCAGAAUUGACAUCAAUUUUCGUGACUUCAGAAGUUUGAACUAUACAAUGUGACAACGUCACACGCAUGCAAACAUUUUUUUUCCCUUUUUUUUCAUCAACUUAAAUAUACAACUAAAAUUUUACAAGACAAGACCGUUUCAUACUUACUGUGGACCCUGUACAAAAUCUACUUUUUUUACAGCAAUAAGUAAAAAGAUUUUGCAAAAAGGGCUUUAAUAUUUCUAAAAAAAGUCCUAAACACUAACUAAAAUUUUGUAAAAAUAUUUUGGACCUUGUGCAUAUGUUCUUCUGGCACAUGCCAAGAGAUGGGUCUGCGUCUAGGAUAUAUAAAUAAACUUUGAAUGAUUCAAACUUCCUUUCAGUAUUUUGAUAUCUUCCAAAUAAGUUAUAAAAAUUGGUUAUUCUUCUUGUUCUGAAACUAUUUUCACCAAUUGAGAACAAUCUGUUACAAACGUGAAUGAUACUAAAAUAAAUUUUUCAUACAUUACAUUGCACAAAUGAUUGUUUCAACUUCUGAAUGAAGUGGAGAUAAACUUGCCUUUGUGUUUUUCGUCCCCAUUAGACCAUCAAAACCUUAAAAGAUAUUAAACCAUCUUUGUCCUAAGUGAAUAUCAUGGUUUUUCCAUGACCAAUCCGCGAAACACCAUCGUUCCAAGAUUUGGGGUAAAAUAUUAUUUUACUUAGAUGUGUUAAAAACUUUGAAAUUAAUAUCCUGCUAUUGAAUUUUUAUUUCUUUUAAAAUGAAACAUAUAUCCCUUCUUUUUCUGGAUAAUACAUUAUCUUUCUACAUAUUUAAAAUAUAUUAUAAAUUAAUCAUAAAUAUAUUAUUUUGUGUUCAGCUGUUUACCAUCAGUUUCAUGUACAGUAAAAUUCUAUAAAUUAAUAAUGUUAAAACUACAACUAUUUUUUAAUUAUAUAAUUAUUAUUUUAAAAUAAUUUAUUUCUAUUUAUGUUUAAUUAAACUUUAUAGAUUCGAAUCUGUUUUUAAUUAUCUAAUAGAAUUGAUAUAUAAUGCAUAUAUAUCGUAGAAUACAAAUUAAAUUUUUAUAUAUUAUUCGGUAAAAUGAAGAGUAAAACUAGACGUGAUUUAAAAAAAAAAAUUGUGUAUGUUUACAAAAUUUAUAUAUAUAGUAAUUAUAAAUAUAAAAUGUUCAAUAAGAUUAUCCAUAUAAGAGUUUUCUGAAUACUACUAUUUUAUUAUCUUACUGAACUAUGUCAUAUUUUACAUUGAUGAAACUUGGGACUAGAAAAAAUUAUGAAUUUAUUAUAUUUAUUAAUUUAUUAAUUUAUCAAAGAUUAAUUUAUAUAAUUUUAAUGUCAUAUUUGAAUAAAUAAAAUUAAAUUUUUGAAAUUGUAUAAAAUGUAAAAUAUAUAUAUAUAUAUAUAUAAGGUUUUAUUUUUUUAUUUUAUAGAAACAAAUGGAGUAUUAUUUAUGUUGAUUGUAAGUUAAACUAAGAGAUUUCACAUACUUUACUAAACUAUGAUUUUAUUACUAUGUCUAGAUGUUUUUUCUGUAACUUCUGUCUAGAUGUUAUAUAUAUGACUAUAUUUCACAUACUUUAUUAAAUUUCGAGUUAAUUGUGUAUCUUUUAUUUUAAGUCUAUAUGGUAUACACACUUUUUAGAGUUUUCAUAAAUGUUAUAGAGAAACAAUGUAAGAAACCAAAAUCGUUUAUAACUAAAGUAUUAGUUUCAGAAUGUGUAACAUAAUAAUAUAAAUAUUAAUACGAGUAAUAAACAAUAAAAAUACAUUAAACAUAAGAAUAUAAUUUAAACUAAAUUAAAUUCAAAUUAAAAUAUAUAAUGUCCUUUCAAAUGAUACUUAUAAAACAUCAAUGAUUCAAUGGUGAUAAAACGGAGAGAAUAGUUCUGUUCUUUUCGACUUGAGAAUCAUUUUGAGUUAAAAUUGGGUGGAUUAGUUGCCGAUCACCGCCGUCAACUUUUGACUAAAUGUUUAUUUUUUGGUAAUACUUUUACAUACAUUAAACUAUUUACAUUCGAAUAACUACAUUUUUUUGUUUGGAUCCAUGUGGAGUAAACUAGUGGUGAGUGCGUGGACAAUUAACUGCCUCGAUAAUGACUUUCAAUAUAGUUUCGAUAAGGACUUUUAAUAUAGUCCGUAAGGUAUAACCUCAUUAACUCCCCCCAAAAUGUAAAAUUUUCAUUGUUAUAAUUUACUAUAAUACACUCUGAUGUGAUAUGUUAUUUACUUAGUUCUAUGCUACAAGUGCAAUGAAUGGACCGGCUAACAACUUUGACAUGAUUUAUAAUUAAAUUUUACAUAUAUAAAGAUACUUUAUGUCUUUACAUCAUGAGAUAAAGCCAUAAAUUCCUCAAAUUAGUUAAAGUGUCCCCUUUAAAACUAAUCUGGAAGCUUUCUCUAAAUGAAUGUAAUUAGUGUGGCUUAUCUGAUCAUUACCCAAACAUUAAUCUGUAGCAUUUGGAGUUUUGGUAUUUCCCUCUCUCUCCACCUUCUGUUAUUUUAUUUUUUUUUAACAACAAAUCCACCACCUUCUGUUUUAUGAUUUCAAUAAACGAUUUGUUCAUUUCUUCAAAAAAAAAAAAACGAUUUGUUCGUCUAAUGGUUUGUGAUACUGGAAAAAGGUAAGAAAAAUACAAAACUAGUGACCUGUUCAAGUGCGAAUGGUAAAUUAUGGCUCACUGCCACCAUAUAAUCGUAUACUUCUUUGGGCCAUCAAUAACUCGAUCCAUAAAAUCACUUAUCAUUUUGGUUGAGGUGCAAUAUUACAUAUAUAUAUACACUUAUCAUUGACUAAAUUGCUUUUAAUUAUCACUUUGUUCCAUUAAUGAGACUAGUUGUUUAAGCAAUCUUCAUUUAUAACUCGCCUACGGUUUUGAACUACAUAUAUAAAAUUUUAUAAUAUUUGCCGUAUUGGAAAUUUGAAUUAAUGACGUCAAAAUUAUAAAUUUAACACGUAAAGUGGAAUUGGUCCAUAACGGUUAUAGGAUCUUUUCUUUGAACCGGAACAGAAAUACGUGAACUGAAGACGGGACAUGUGUUAGGUAAGAACACGAUCCGCUCGUGUGUAACAGUUCAUGAUGUCGUCAUUCCACGUCGGUACGAGACUUUUUUUGUUUGUCGUCAGCAGAAGAUUUCAAAAUUAACGAAACCGUUCCCAUAACCGAAACUCACGUAAAACUAGACACCAUAAAGUAAUCUAAUUUUUUUGGUACGUUUCUGUCUUUUUUCUUUGGCUCGAACGUUUCUUUGUAUUAUGUUUAUUUUACUCUCGUUUUUUUUGUUGAAUUUGAUUCCAAAUUAAUUUAGCUUCAGUUACAUUUUUCUGGUCCCUCCAUUUUAAUAUCAUAAUUAUUUGGUUGCAUAGUCGAUCUAGUUCAUUGAAUAAAUAAAACUUGAUGUUUUUUUCUUUAAAGAAAAAUAAUUGUUUUCAUAUCAAAAUCUGGCGUCAGUUGUUGUUACGCAUGGAAAAAAAAACACUUUUACGUUCAAAUGUGUAGUCUCGUCUCAUGCAUCAUAUAUUUUCCGUUUGCGACGCCCUAUUUUUCCAGUAAUUUUCGCAUAACAUUGUUUGAGUUCACUUAGAUAAGUGGAACUGUGGAAGUGUGUUUGAGUUCAUUGAUCAUUAAGUAAAAACGUUUACGUCCGUUCAAAAGAUCUUGAAGUUUUAGACCAAAAAAAAAGAUCUUGAAGUACUUAAAAGUUAAAACAAGUUGUUGUUUGUUUGUAUUAUCAAUACUUAACAAGUUAAAACAAGUUGUUGAGCUACUCAUGAUUAUUUUAUAUUAAUCUACAGAAAACGAAUUCUUUGAAACAUGCGAAUGUAUAUUCAUAUACGUAUAUAUAGAUACACACGCAUUUUUAUAGACGUUACGAAGAACAGAAAAGCAAUUUAUUUCUCUUCCUUUAAGAUCUUUUCUUGCUUUGUGUCCGAAACAGACAAAAAACGAUUCUGUUGUUUUUAUCCCAUAAUUAUUAACUCACACCAACAUGUUCGUACGUGCACACGUGCACUAUCAGUAUGUGUGUAUAGUAGUGCCACACGAGCGGUUCAAAAAUGUUUUUGGAGUUUCCGAGACUGUUGAGUCUGUGGGGCCUAAGCCAUCGAACCCUCCUCACGCACGAGCGGGUCUCGAUUUGCAUGCACCAACACCACACAUACCCACCGACUUUUCUAAAUCCUUACUUUUGCACGUGUGGAGAGAGUGCUAAAAUUAGUAUCACAUUAAUGUAGUUUUCGUUUAAAUUGAAAAUUUUAUGCAAACUGAAGCAAAACGUGAGUACAGGCUCUUUCUAAUUUAUUUCUACACAUAAGAAAACAAAUUAAGAGCAGCUCAUAAAGUUACUGACGAGAAAAUUAUCAUACUUCGAUAUUUUCUACGAUCGAAUUUACAAGACCCAAAAAAGUUUCAAUACAACAACGACUAAAAGUGUUUAGAUGAUAAAUUGCACAAAGCUAUACAAGGACUGGUCUAUAAAAACAUGAUAGUUUAUAUACAGUACCUGAUUAAGUGUGAUAUAUAUAGUCAUAUAGUAAAAUAUUUCCCUACCCUUUUGAUGUGUGAAUAAACAAGCUAUCAUUUGAUUUUUUCCAUGUACUUUGAAUAACAACUCAUCAUCAAUUUUCUUAUAAUAUUAUUGUAUAUAUGAUGUGAACAAAUAUUAUAUAAUUACUUGUAAAAUAUGUCAGUUAAAUUCAUAUACGAGUCAAUAAAAUAUUGGAGAAUCUCUCUUUUUCUUCCACCAUAUAAACAGUGGAAAGCCAUUCAAGUGGUCUGCCUCUCUUUCUUCUAUCGCUGGUUUCUCUUCUUUUAAUCCCUAACCUCAGAAAGAAAGAAAAUGAAUCCAAAUCUCCUUGAGAAAGAUCAAACAAGCAAUGAAACCAUCCAUGGGUCGAGAAGAUUCAAAGAAGCAAACAACUUCUCUUCACCAAAAUCGCAUACCAACUUCUCUCUCGCUAGAAACCAUCCCCUCAACAAAACAUUCUUGAAGUCGGAAGAUGAACACGAAGGCGAAAACGGUUGGAAAAGGAGGGGUCAAAGUAGAAUGAAAGCAAAAGUAUGCUCCAGAGGACACUGGAGACCAACAGAAGAUACUAAACUCAAGGAGCUUGUUGCCCAGUUUGGUCCACAAAACUGGAACGUGAUUGCUAACCACCUUCUUGGUAGAUCAGGCAAGAGUUGUAGAUUGCGAUGGUUUAACCAGCUAGACCCAAGAAUAAACAAGACUGCCUUCACCGAGGAAGAAGAGUUAAGGCUUUUAGCCGUUCACCGAGCCUAUGGCAACAAGUGGGCUUUGAUCUCACGUCUCUUCCCUGGCCGGACAGAUAACGCUGUCAAGAACCAUUGGCACGUCAUCAUGGCUCGACGGACUAGAAAAAGUCAACGACAACGUCAUCAGCCUCCUCAGGCACCGUCAGGAAACGCUGAAAUGGCAGUCUCUUCCUCGUAUAAUCACGGCGAUGAGUUCUUCGGUACGGUGGUGAAUGGUACUUUCGUCAAUGAAGAAGAUGAUGACGCUGACAAUGACGAUGCUUCAGCUGUCUCUACUUGUACGACGGAGCUAUCUCUCACUCCGCCUUCUUCAACUCACCAGCUUGGCUUCUUCAAUUACGAUAAUACCCUCGCAUCAGGUAAAGAUGGUCAGUGUGUGCAGAGAGCAGAAGUAAAUGGCAAAUAUAGUAAAAAGUUGGACCAUCAAAAUCACCACACAAUCACGGUCAGUGAAAGAAAGGUGGAAGUGAAGAUGAAGAGUGGCCAUUACUUCUUUGAUUUUCUUGGAGUUGGAGCUUUUUGAUUAAUAUUAUGAAGAAUUUGGGUUCAUGAGAAGGGAACUAAUGGUUCGAUAAAGAAAAUUGGUUCAGUUUCUUUUGUUUACCUGGUUAAGUCUUAGCCAUGUUUGUUUAAAAUUUUAAUGUGGGCUUUGGUAAGUUAGCCGGGUAGGAGUGAAAAAAAAAAGCAAAACAAAAAUUGAAUAACUUCCUAAAAGUCUGUAAUCAACAAAUAAAAAUGUAUAAUACUCCAAUGUAACCUCUUUUCCAGUAGCAUUAGAAUAAGAUUUACCAAAACUUUUGCAAUUA